AUGCGUCUCUCUACCCUUUUUGGCUUGUCUGCUGUCUCGCUGGCUCCCGCGGUUCUUGCGAACGCUCGUCAAGGGUCGAACGCCCGCCGUCAUCAUGAGCUCGCUAACCGCCAGGAGACGGGUCUUUCGAAGCGUGGCAUCUUCUCCAACGCAAAGUUCACCUGGUACGAUAUUGGCGUAGCUCAGGUCGCUUGCGAAGGCUGGCACAGCGAGAAUGACUUCGUGGUCGCGAUCAACGCCAUCCAAUACGGCACGUACUGGAAGAGUGACUACUGUGGCAAGCAGAUCUCCAUCACCAUGAACGGGAAGACCACGACCGCCACGGUUGUUGAUGAGUGCAUGGGAUGCCCAUAUGGUGGGCUCGACUUUACCAAGGGGCUAUUCGAGUUCUUCGCCGAUACUGGCGCCGGCAUCAUCUACGGUGACUGGCACUUCGUCGACGGAAGCGACAGCGGUAGCGGCAGUGACGACAGCGCCACGACGACCACCAAGAAGGCCGCCGCUACCUCUACCAAGAUCCAGGUUAAGGCAUCUUCCAAGGCCACCACCAGCUCUGCGGAGUGGACCCCGACCACGACGUGGCAGCCGGCGACGACCUCCAAGUCGGAGGAGCCGGCAACGACCUCCAAGUCAAAAGCGCCUGAGACUACUUCCAAGGCACCCGAGACCACGUCUGAGGCACCCGCUUCGACUUGGGUCCCGCCAGCGACCAGCGCCAAGCCCGAGACGAAGGAGAAGGCGGCAACGACAUCCUCUGCCGAGCCGACCGCUUCGGCCUCCGCCAAGAAGUGCGCCGCACGCAAGCGUUCUUUCGCGCCAGCGCACAUCCCCGCACGCCGCGCAUCGGCGUAG